GAGCCGCCGUUACGGGCCGGGCCGGCGGGGAAGAGGGGGGGGGGCCCGGCCGCCAUGCCGAAGCGCUCCUGCCCCUUCGGGGAGGGGGCGCCGCUGCAGCUGAAGACCCGCGUGGGGCUGCGGGAGCUGAGCCGCGGGGUGCGGGCCGAGGAGCUCCGCAGGGAGAUCUUCGAGCGCACCCGGCGGCUGCUCUUCAGGGGCGCCCAGGCGUGCGCUGAGGGCGCCUGGACCCCGCUCCCCCGGCCCGCUGCCGGCCGCUCAACGCAGCCCGACGGACUGGGCCCGGCCGCCGGCCCCGGGCGGCGCUGGAGCGGGCAGCUGCGCAUCGGGCACGACGGGAGGCUGCUGAGGAGCGCGGCCGGCACGGAGAUGGCAGUUCCACUGGUGGGAGUUUCCAAAGCCUGCUCGUCGUGUGUAAGAACUGCCGAUGUCAAGGAAGCGUGUUCGCAGUGUGACCGGUUCGUAUGCCAGAGCUGCAGCAGGCUCUGCAGCUGCUGUAACACAGUUACCUGCUCUUUGUGCUCUGUAAUUGAUUAUGGCGAUGUUGGUGAGCAAGUCCUCUGCAAUGGUUGUUCAAUAUUUCAAGUCUAAAACCUGAUGAAAUAGCCCUCAGGGCUAAGACAUCCAUAAAAUUCAUGAAGUCUCUUCCUUAUGGCUGAUCAAUUAAUCCUUUUAGCAUGUGAAUUAAUUAUGGAAUUUCUAUGUUUUAUAUCUUUAUAUUGUACUUUUUAAUAUUGUAGCUAAAUAAACUUUUAUAUUUUGAGGA